GCUGGGAAGGGGGGUGGGGGCGGGAAAGGGGCGAAGACUGGGCGCAGCCAGGCACCGGGCACUCUUGCUAAGCGGAGGCCGGGCUGACUCAGAGCCCUUCUGCUGAGCCCCGCUGCGGACACCAUGCCCAUGACGCUGGGUUACUGGGAUAUCCGCGGACUGGCCCAUGGCAUCCGCCUGCUCCUGGAAUACACAGACUCAAGCUACCAGGAGAAGAGAUACACCAUGGGGGACGCUCCUGACUAUGACCAAAGCGAUUGGUUGAAUGAAAAAUUCAAGCUGGGCCUGGACUUUCCCAAUCUGCCCUACUUAAUUGACGGGACGCACAAGAUCACCCAGAGCAACGCCAUCCUGCGCUACAUCGCCCGCAAACACAACCUGUGCGGGGAGACAGAAGAGGAGAGGAUCCGUGUGGACAUUCUGGAGAACCAGCUCAUGGACACCCGCAUGGUGAUGGCCAGGCUUUGCUACAGCCCGGACCUUGAGAAACUGAAGCCAGAGUUCUUGAAGGAUCUCCCUGAUACGAUGAAGCUCUUCUCACAGUUCCUAGGGGAGCGGCCAUGGUUUGCAGGUGACAAGAUCACCUUUGUGGACUUCAUCGCUUAUGAUACGAUUCAGAGGACCCAAGUGUUUGAGCCCAAGUGCCUGGAUGCGUUCCCAAACCUGAAGGACUUCAUAUCUCGCUUUGAGGGCCUGGAGAAGAUCUCUGCCUACAUGAAGACCGGCCGCUUCCUCCCCAGACCAGUGUUCACCAAGAUGGCCACGUGGGGCAACAAGUAGGGCCAGGCAAGGCGUGAGAAGCCAUCACUGUCCAUUGUCGGGGCCCCUGGACAGCAGCUGGAACCCCUGAAGCUGCCCCUUCCUUCUCCUGCUGGACCCCAAGGCCUCAUCAGAUCUCUUCUCACACCUGGUCCCUGUCCUCUUAGGACCUGUAAUUCCUCAGCACCCCCUUUCCCUCAGCACACUCCCCAUGUUCUUUACUAAUGUCCAACCAUGAACUGUUGUGCUGCUUUGAGGAGCCUAGUUGGGGUCCUCACCUCAGUGUCAGCCCCCCAUCCCCAUCCUUCCCAACAGAUCCAAGUUGCCCAGUGUGUGGGCGUGUGGCCCUCCUUCCCAGUGAGGUCCCUGCUGUGUUUCUCUGGUCUCCAUGAAGCCCAAGACAUAACUGGUCUGAACGCUGCCCUCGCCAGCUCUCACUGGUGACCUUCAGGCUGACCAGGGGCUCUGACAGUGGCUGUAUUCAUAGGGAUUCUGCUGGGAUAGGGAGGGAUUGGCUUCCUGGUUCCAUCUGACACCCUCAGAGCGGCCUCUGGAGGCUUUCCAGAGCAUGAAGGAUGCCUUUCUGAGGCUGGGAAUCAUUUUACGCCACAGGGUGACUGGGGCUUGUCACAGUGUGGCAGGCUGCAGGUCUCAGCGAGCAGGAGCUUGGUAUGAGUUGUGUUCGUAGCAGGGAGUCGGGACCCACAUGCUAUGGCUGUAUCACAUCUGUAGGUCUCUAGGACCCUGUCUCUGUAUCAUCUCUGAUGCCUUCCAGGGACCCUGUCCUGACUUGCUGAUGAUUUUUCAAAGGAACCAUUUUCUAUGGUUAAUCCCUCUCUGUCCUGAGAAACUGACCUAAAUUUCUUCAGUCCUUACUGAAUUACAAUGCCUUCAUUGGAUAAGGACUUAAUUAGUACUUUCUAGGAAUAGAACUUGAGAUAGAAAUCCUUUGGACUUCUGCUGGGUUUGUGAACCUCUUGCUGUUGUUUAGGAUAUAUUGUAGUUGGAAUGUGAAAUGAUCCCACAGGAUCAUGUAUUUGAAUGCUUGCUCUCCAGCUAGUGAACCUUUUGGAAGAUUGUGGAACCUUUGGGAGAUGAAGUCCAGUCAGAAAAAGUAGGCGCUAGGGGAGCCGACGUCUGCCUCCUCUAUGGCUCCCCAUCCUGCAAGAUUGGGAGCAAGUUUUGUUGUAAACACCCACCAGCAGUGACCCACUCCCAUUCUGGUGUCUUCCCUGCCUUGAUGGACUGUGUCCUCCUGAACUGCAGCCAGAAUAAAUAUUUCUUGCACUUAA